UUAACAAUAGAUCAUGUCACACGUAACUAUUUUAACUGGUGCUUCAAGAGGUAUUGGUGCUGCCAUUGCCAAGUAUAUUUUAACUGCUAACUCAUCUACUAAAUUAGUUGCAGUUGCCAGAUCUGCAGGUAAAUUAGAAGAUUUAGUUUCUGAAUAUGGUGCUGAUAGAGUCGUUGCUGUUACUGGAGAUGUCACUGACCCAGAAACUGUUACUAAAGCUGUUUCAGCUGCCAUCGACAAUUUCGGUCAACUUGAUGCUGUGAUUGCAAAUGCUGGUGUUUUAGAUCCAGUUAGUCCAGUUGUUGAUGCCAAGACUGAUUUAUGGGCAAACCUUUAUGCGGUAAAUUUGUUUGCCGUUGUUGAAUUGAUCAAGCAGCUGAUUCCUGAACUUCGUAAGACAGGUGGUAAAAUUCUUACUGUUCUGUCUGCAGCAUCUGUCAUGACAUUUGAUGGAUGGGCUGCCUAUGGUUCAUCCAAGGCAGCUCUUAACCAUUUGGUCAUGUCUGUUGCUGAAGAAGAAAAGGGUAAGGUUUCUGCUAUUUCCAUUGCUCCAGGUAUUGUUGAUACUGGAAUGCAAGUUGACAUUAGAGAAAAAUUCGGUGCUAACAUGAAGCCAGAAGCAAUCAAACAAUUCAAUGAUUUGCACAGUGAAGGACAACUUCUUCCAGCCCUGGUUCCAGCUGCUGUUUACGGAAGAUUGGCAUUGAAUGGUUGGUCUGAUGAAGUCAACGGUAAAUACUUUGAUUAUGAUGAUGAAAAGUUAGCUUAG